AUGGCCGCACAACAACUUGAAGAUAUCGGUGCCGUCGAAGAGGUGGACGUUGGAGAUUAUGAAUUGGUUAGCGUUAAGCAUGAAUCGAAUACACUUGCGACAAGUCAUCGUCGUCACCCAACUGCAGGAAUCAGGAAUCGUUGCCCUUAUGGAUGUGGAAAGAUGAUAGCCUUGAGAACAAUAGACUAUCAUAGAACUAAUGGGUGUCGUCCUGGCCAGUCAAAAGAUGAGACUUUUGGUGAUACCAGCAAGAAACGUUACUAUUGUUGCGGAGUUUGU